CCUACUUCAAGACAGAGCCCGUGCGCAGCCAGCUCCAUCUGGAACGCAACAGGCUGGUGCUGACCUGCAUGGCUGAGGGAAGCUGGCCACUGGAGUUUAAAUGGAUCCACAAUAGCACAGAAUUAACACGCUUUUCACUGGAAUAUAGGUACCUAAUCCCUUCACUGGACCGCUCCCAUGCUGGCUUUUACCGCUGUAUUGUGAGGAAUCGGGUGGGAGCCCUUCUACAGAGGCGCACAGAAGUACAAGUGGCCUUUAUGGGCAGUUUUGAGGAGGGUGAACGCUCCCAGUCGGUCUCUCAGGGAGAAGGUGCGGUAAUACCGGCACCGCGCAUUCGCAGCUUCCCUCAGCCACAAGUCACCUGGUUCAGAGAUGGACGCAAGAUCCCACCCAGCAGCCGCAUUGCCAUCACUUUGGACAACACGCUGGUCAUCUUGUCUACUGUGGCUCCGGAUGCUGGACGCUACUAUGUGCAGGCUGUAAACGACAAGAAUGGAGAGAACAAGACCAGCCAGCCCAUCACACUGUCAGUAGAGAAUGUUGGAGGUCCAGCAGACCCUAUAGCCCCCACCAUUAUCAUCCCUCCCAGGAACACCAGUGUGGUCACAGGGACCUCAGAGGUCACCAUGGAGUGCGUGGCCAAUGCCAGACCUCUCAUCAAGCUGAGUAUCUCAUGGCGUAAGAACGGCGUGUUGGUGACCGGCGGUUUGAGCGACUUCAACCGCAGACUGACCAUCCUGAGUCCUGUGGUGAGCGACGCCGGCUACUACGAGUGUGAGGCCAUUCUCCGCAGCAGCAGUGUCCCUUCAGUCAGUGCUGGGGCUUAUCUGCAUGUACUUGAGCCACCACAGUUUAUAAAGGAACCAGAGAAACACAUCACAGCUGAGAUGGAGAAGGUGGUUGACAUUCCCUGUCAGGCACGGGGAGUGCCCCAGCCAGACAUCGUGUGGUACAAGGACGCUUUGCCUAUCGACCCAGUGAGGACGCCCAGGUACAGGGUGCUGGUGGGAGGCAGCCUCCAGGUCAACGGCCUGCUGCCCGAUGAUACCGGCAUGUUCCAGUGCUUUGCCCGAAAUUCAGCCGGAGAAGUUCAGACCAACACGUACCUAGCUGUUACAAGCAUUGCCCCGAAUAUCACAGCCGGACCCUCUGAUAGCACUGUGAUCGACGGGAUGUCAGUCAUCCUGCACUGCGAGACCUCUGGAGCUCCAAGACCAGCUAUCACCUGGCAGAAAGGUGAGCGUGUGUUAGCCAGCGGAUCGGUCCAGCUGCCCCGGUUCACCCUGCUCGAAUCUGGCAGCCUGCUCAUCUCCCCUUCACACAUCUCUGAUGCCGGGACCUACACUUGCAUGGCGAGCAACUCCAGGGGCAUCGACGAGGCAUCUGCUGACCUUGUUGUUUGGGCUCGCACCCGGAUCACCACCCCCCCACAGGACCAGAGUGUUAUCAAAGGAACUAAAGCUAUUAUGAACUGCGGAGUCACACAUGACCCAAGUGUAACGGUCAGGCACGUGUGGGAAAAAGAGGGCGCAGCGAUAAACGUCCAGUCCAUCCCCCGCAUGAGACUCGAGGCGGACGGUACGCUUCACAUCUCCCAAACCUGGUCAGGUGACAUAGGCACCUACACAUGCAGAGUGACCUCUGUUGGAGGCAACGACUCCCGCAGCGCACACCUCCGUGUCAGACAGCUGCCCCACGCCCCAGAGAACCCCACGGCCCUGCUGAGCAAAUCAGAAAAAAGAGCCAUCGACCUGGCUUGGGCCAAACCUUUUGAUGGCAACAGUCCACUCAUACGCUACAUCCUGGAGGUUUCUGAGAACAAUGCUCCGUGGGCCAUCCUGCUGGCCAAUAUUGAACCAGAGUCCACAGCAGUGACGGUCAACGGCUUGAUCCCAGCUCGCUCCUAUCAGUUCCGCCUCUGUGCUGUGAAUGAUGUGGGGAAGGGGCAGUUUAGCAAGGAGACAGAGCGUGUUUCUCUCCCAGAGGAGCCCCCCAGUGCACCUCCACAAAAUGUCAUUGCUAGUGGUCGGACGAACCAGUCCAUCAUGAUCCAGUGGCAGCCUCCACCAGAAAGCCACCAGAACGGCAUCCUGAGGGGCUACAUCGUUCGGUACCGUCUCACUGGGCUGCCCGUGGACUACCAAAUCAAGAACAUUACCAGCCCAGAUGUGACCACGCUGCUGCUGGAGGACCUGAUCAUCUGGACUAAUUAUGAGAUUGAGGUGGCUGCCUACAACGGGGCGGGUUUGGGCACCUUCAGCCAUAAGGUCACUGAGUGGACCCUGCAAGGAGUACCCACCAUCGCUCCAGGCAACGUGCAGGCCGAGGCGGUCAACUCAACAGCUAUCCGUUUUACGUGGACAGCCCCUAACCCUCAGUUCAUCAACGGCAUUAACCAGGGCUACAAGUUGCUGGCCUGGGAACCUGGCAAAGACGACGAAGUUGCCAUGGUAACAGUCCGACCGAACUUCCAGGACAGUGUCCACGUGGGAUAUGUGACAGGUCUGAAGAAGUUCACCGAGUAUUACACCUCUGUGCUGUGCUUCACAACACCCGGAGACGGCCCCCGCAGCCCGCCUAAAGCAGUGAGGACACACGAGGACACCCCCGGUGCAGUGGGUCAUCUGAGUUUUACCGAGAUCUUGGACACCUCGCUCAAAGUCAGCUGGAGUGAGCCCAGCGAGAAGAAUGGAGUUCUCACAGGUUACCGCAUUUCUUGGGAGGAGUACAACCGAACAAACACCAGAGUCACCCACUACCUGCCCAAUGUCACCUUAGAGUACAGGGUCACCGGACUCACUGCUCUCACCACCUACACUAUUGAAGUGGCAGGAAUGACCUCCAAGGGCCAGGGCAUGCUGUCCUCCUCCACCAUUUCCUCUGGUGUCCCACCAGAGCUUCCUGGGCCUCCUACCAACAUGGCCAUUUCCAACAUUGGCCCACGCUCCAUCAACCUGCAGUUCAAACCUGGCUAUGAUGGCAAAACUUCUAUUUCCCGUUGGCUGGUGGAGGCCCAGGUGGGUGCGGUAGGAGAGAAUGAGGAUUGGGUGGUGGUCCACCAGGUAUUCAACGAACCUGAGGCUCGCUCCUUAGAGGUGCCAGGUCUCAACCCAUUCACCUUAUACAGGUUCCGGAUGCGUCAGGUAAACAUAGUGGGUACCAGUCCUCCCAGCCAGCCCUCCAGAAAGAUUCAGACCCUACCAGCUCCACCCGACAUGGCCCCUGCCAACGUCACCCUGCGCACCGCGAGCGAGACGAGCCUCUGGUUACGAUGGAUGCCUUUGCCUGAAUGGGAAUAUAAUGGAAAUGCAGAGCAGGUGGGCUACAGGGUUCAGUACUCCCGUGCAGGCUCACAGGGCCAUCCGCUCACCCAUGUUAUUACUGACCGUCUGGAGAGAGAGUUUACUAUUGAGGACCUGGAGGAGUGGACAGAAUAUGAGGUCAGGGUCCAGGCUGUCAACGGCAUUGGAGUGGGACCCUGGAGCCAGCCAGUCAGAGGCAGGACCCGGGAAUCUGUUCCCUCCAGUGGUCCCACAAACACAUCUGCCUUUGCCACCACUUCUAGCAGCAUCUUGGUGCGCUGGUUUGAAGUCCCAGAGCCCGACAGGAACGGUCUCAUUCUGGGCUACAAGGUGGUGUAUAAAGAGAAGGACUCAGACAGCCCGGUCCACUUCUGGACAGUAGAGGGGAACGCCACACACAGUGUCCAGCUGACUGGUCUGGGGAAAUAUGUGCUCUAUGAGAUCCAAGUUCUGGCUUUCACACGGAUUGGGGAUGGACGGCCCACCUCUCCGCCCAUCCUUGAAAGGACUUUGGAUGAUGUCCCCGGACCUCCGGUGGGGAUCCUGUUCCCUGAAGUCCGAACCACUUCAGUCCGCCUUAUUUGGCAGUCCCCCGCCCAGCCAAAUGGCAUUAUACUUGCCUACCAGAUCACGUACCACCUCAACUCCACCAACAGCAACACAGCCACGGUGGACGUCCUGAACCCCAGCGCUCGCCAGUACACAGUGACUAACCUCAAGGCAGAAACUGUCUAUGUGUUUCGCAUCACAGCACAGACAAGGAAAGGCUGGGGUGAGGCGGCCGAGGCCCUCGUGGUUACCACAGAGAAAAGAGCUCAUCCUCAGCCCACCAGCCGCCCCCUGGUUCCUCAGAAAAAUGUCCAGGCUCGCCAGGUGUUGCUUUCAUGGGAGCCAGGUAGCGACGGCCUGUCUCCUGUGCGUUACUACACGGUCCAGUUGAGAGAACUUCCUGACAGCAACUGGACUGUCCACUCAGCCUCCGUCAGCCACGAGGCCACAUCCUACAUAGUAUCCAGGCUGAAGCCCUUCACAUCUUACCAGUUCAGAGUAAAAGCCACAAAUGACAUCGGGGACAGCGAGUACAGUCAGGAAAGUGAAGCAAUCACAACUCUACAGGAUGUGCCUGACGAAGCACCCACAAUUCUCUCUGUCACGCCGCACACAACAACAUCAGUGCUGAUCCGCUGGCAGCCCCCCUCUGAGGAGAAGAUAAACGGUAUCUUACUGGGCUUUCGGAUUCGGUACCGGGAGCUGCUGUAUGACCGUCUGCGCAGUUACAUCCACACAGUCAACAGUGCGUCCGCCUGGGCUGAGCUCUCCGCCCCCUACAGCAUCCGAAAUCUGACUGAUUCAGCGCUCACCCAGUACGAGUUAGACAAGCUAAGCAAACACAAGCGCUAUGAGAUACGCAUGAGUGUGUACAAUGCUGUGGGUGAGGGGCCAACCAGCCCACCACAGGAGGUGUUUGUGGGAGAAGCAGUGCCGACCGCCCCGCCCCAGAACGUGGCGAUUCAGUCCGCAACAGCCACCCAGCUGGAUGUGACGUGGGAGCCUCCGCCUGUGGACACGCAGAACGGCGACAUUCAGGGUUACAAGAUUUACUUUUGGGAAUUCCAGCGUAAGAAUGAGACAGAGCGGAUGCGGACUCUGUUUAUGCCUGAAGGAGGGGUGAAGCUGAAGAACCUGACCGGUUACACCACCUAUAUGAUCAGCGUCGCACCAUUCAACGCUGCUGGGGAUGGACCUCGCAGCCCCCCGACCAGAGGACGCACUCAGCAAGCAGCCCCCAGUGCCCCCAGCUUCAUUCACUUCAGUGAACUGACCACCACCUCAGUCAAUGUGUCCUGGGGCGAGCCCACCUUCCCUAAUGGCAUCAUUGAGGGCUAUCGUCUGGUCUAUGAACCGUCCACACCUGUAGAUGGCGUCAGUAAGACGGUGACAGUGGAUGUGAAGGGGACCGGCCCCCUCUGGUUGAAGGUCAGAGACCUGGCAGAUGGUGUCACGUACAACUUCCGCAUCCGGGCCAAGACCUUCAUCUACGGGCCUGAGGUGGAGGCAAACAUCACCACUGGACCGGGGGAAGGCGCCCCAGGACCCCCUGGAGAGCCAUUUAUCACACGCUACAGUUCAGCCCUGACCAUUCACUGGACCCCUGGAGACCCAGGACGCUCUCCCAUAACACGCUAUGUAAUUGAGGCCAGACCCUCAGAUGAGGGUUUGUGGGAUAUCUUAAUCAAGGACAUCCCCAAGGAUGCAACAUCGCACACAUUCAACAUGGACGUACUGAAACAAGGUGUCAGUUAUGACUUUCGGGUCAUCGGAGUGAACGACUAUGGCUACGGCUCUCCGAGUCUACCCUCUCCCUCCAUAUCUGCCCAAAAAGUGGCUCCUUUCUAUGAGGAGUGGUGGUUCCUGGUCGUGGUGGCUCUAGUGGGGCUCAUCUUCAUUCUGCUGCUAGUUUUCAUCCUCAUUAUCAGAGGACAGAGCAAGAAGUAUGCAAAAAAGUCCGAAUCAGGUAACAACUCCAAUUGUAACGCUCUUACUCACGGAGACAUGGUCAGCCUGGAUGAAGGCCGUUUCCCCGCUCUGGAGCUCAACAACCGACGGCUGUCUGUAAAAAACUCUUUCUGUCGAAAGAACGGCGUCUACACCAGGUCUCCUCCCAGGCCCAGUCCAGGCAGUCUUCACUACUCGGACGAGGAUGUCAGCACCAAGUACAACGACCUGAUCCCCGCGGAGAGCAGCAGCCUGACUGAAAAACCCUCGGAAAUCUCAGACUCACAGGGCAGCGACAGUGAGUAUGAGGUGGACCCUAACCGUCAGAAGACCCACUCCUUCGUCAACCACUACAUAAGUGAUCCUACCUACUACAAUUCCUGGCGACGUCAACAGAAAGGCAUAUCCCGGGCACAGGCCUACAGCUACACAGAGUCAGAGUCAGGAGAGCCGGAUCACUGCGCCCCACCACCUCUGCCCCCUCUACCUCCACUGCCACCCCAGCUCAGUUCACCCAGCCCUCAGCCUCAGCCCCAGCAGGCCCAGGGCCAGCCCCAGGGCCAAGGCAGCCUCUUUAGACCCAAAGGUAGCCGGACUCCCACCCCCUCCCAGCAGAGCUCCAACCCUCCCAGCCAGCACAGCACCUUGUACAGGCCCCCCAGCAGUCUAGCCCCUGGCUCAAGGGCCCCUAUUGCUGGCUUUUCCUCUUUUGUGUGAAAAAUACUGAAGGACAUAGAAACUUCUGAAAAUACCUACCCAAGUUGUGUUGAAGAAGAACAUAGCAUUGCAGCCAGCCCAGUCAAGUCACUCACAACUCUUUAUUUUCAUAAUUUCUCAUUUCUUUUUCUGCCCUUACAUGUUGUUUUUCAGUGAGCUUGGAUGUAUCAGAACAACACCAUGAACCAGUGUGAAGCAGUUUUUUUGGUCUAAUGUGUGGAAGUGUGCCAGUGUAGACUUUGAUUUCUCUCGCUGGCUGAUUUUAAAAGUCUUUGCAGCAUCCAUUCACUUUUAUUUUUUUGUUAGUUGAACUAGUUGCAUGGCUUUUGAUUAUUAUUCCCUUCUUUUUACUUUUUUAACUCAUUCAGUGGUAAUAUCUGAUUCUGUACAAAGUCACUAGAAUCUUUGAAAACACACACACACAUAAAUAUAUAUAUAUUAUAUAUACAUAUAUAUAAAUAUAUAGUAGACAUACCUAGAAAACAAACUCAAGUCCUUGCUGACUCUACUUUGAUGAAGACUGAUUUGACAGUAUGAUGGAGCCAUGUGGUGGAAGCUGAAGAACAUCUGUUUGUUUGGACUGGAUGUAAAAAGACAAAAUGCCAGCGUAAAGGUGGAAUUUAUGCCAAAUUGAAGACAUUUACUGUGUUGGCCGUGAGAAACGACAUUGAAGAAACAAUCACGGAUUUCAAUGGAAAAAGCUCUCCGGCCUGUAACAUACACAUGCAUAGAAAAAGUCAGACAGCAUUUGGCCAAAGUGGGUCAGAUGUCAGCGACUGUGGUGUGCCUGAAGGAUCCUGCAGAUAUAUGAGUGUAUAUCUGUUCAAGUCUUUUUGUGAGUGUGUUACAGCGGAUCGAAGAUGCCUUUAUAGAGAACCCCGUAUUUAUGAUCUCUGGCACCAAUCGUGAAUGCACUGUUGAUGGUGCCCCCGGACUUUGGCAUCGUGCUGCCCCGUGUGGGCAACGAAUUAGUUUGCAUACAAAACCAUAUCUCAUAUUUCACUUUUUGCUGGAUCACAUCAACACACACGAGUCUCAUCCUGCUGAAAUGCUUUGGAAACCAACGUUAAGAGGUGAAGUCUCAAAACUGUCGUCAGGAGCUGUUACAGGUGAGCACAGCUGCUGGUUCUACAGUGUGAUUAUGAUAGGAGACCAAGAGGACCCCCCCCCCCCCCCCCUCC